GUGUUCUAGAGAGAAGCGUGGAGGGGGAGGCCAGUGCCCUCACUAAAGCCAAGACCCUCUACAGAUCCUGCACCAAUGAGAGUCAGAUUGAGAAAAGGGGCGGAGCUCCUUUACUAGACAUACUUCCUAAUGUGUUUGAGUGGCCAAUAGCAACAGACCACUGGGAGACUGUCUAUGGUGACACAUGGAAGUUGGAGGAUGCCAUUGCCAGACUAAAUGAGAAAUAUGGAACUCAAGUCUUGGUUAAUUUUUUUAUCGGCACUGAUGACAAAGACUCCAAUUCACACAUCAUUCACUUUGACCAGCAAACCAGCCUUGGUCUCUUAUCCAGAGAGCAUUAUACUUGCACCGGGCCCUACGCAGAGCCAUGUAGAGCAUAUGAACAGUUCAUGAUAGACGUGGCCAGGUUGAUCCGUACCGACCGCAGCCUAGAGGUCAACGAGACCCAAAUCAGAGAGGAGGUCACCAGGGUCAUUGAGCUGGAGAGGGAGAUCGCCAACGCAACUGAUACUCCAGAGGACCGUAACAACCCAGUUCUCCUCUACAACAAAAUGGAGCUGGGUGUUCUCAAUGCUAACUUCAGCCUAGAGGUCGACACACAAGUGUUUGACUGGAGUUACUUCACCAGGAAGAUCAUGGGGACGGUCGGCAUCACUGUGCCUGACACAGAGAAUGUUAUCAACUACGCACCUAAGUACUUCAGACGGCUCAACCCUAUCCUAGCCAAGAACACUAAGAGAGUCCUGCAGAAUUACAUGGUGUGGCGUUUUGUCAUGAACAUGGUGGUGGGUUUGAGCAGACAGUACAGGGACACCAGGAAAGCCUUCCGCAAGGCGCUGUACGGUGCCACGUCGGAGGCGGCGGUGUGGCGGCAGUGUGUCAUCUACGUCAAUAACAAUAUGGACAACGCUGUCGGAAGACUGUACGUAGAGGAGUCCUUCUCUGGGGAGAGCAAAGAACUGAUGGAAGAGAUGAUCUCUGUUAUACGGGAGGUAUUCAUCAGUAACUUAGACCACCUAAGAUGGAUGGAUGUAGAGACCAAGAAGGCUGCUGAGGAGAAGGCACAAGCUAUCCGUGAGCGGAUUGGCUACUCCGACAACAUCAAGAAUGACACCUACCUGAACAACGAGUAUAGAAAUUUGAGCUACAGUGCAGAGGAGUACUUUGAGAACAUCCUCCAGAACCUGGACUACGUACAGAAGAAACGUCUGAGGAAGCUACGGGUCAAAGUUAACAAAGAAGAAUGGGUAACAGGAGCAGCCGUUGUCAAUGCCUUCUACUCCUCUAGCAAAAACCAAAUAGUGUUCCCAGCUGGGAUCCUCCAGCCUCCGUUCUUCGGUAAGGGCCAGACCAAGUCUCUGAACUUUGGCGGUAUCGGCAUGGUGAUCGGACAUGAGAUCACACACGGGUUCGAUGACAACGGGCGUAACUACGAUAAAGAUGGUGACCUGAAGGACUGGUGGACGCCAAGCUCCACCCAGAACUUUGUGAAUCUGUCCAAGUGCAUUGUGGACCAGUAUGGAAGCUUCUCCUGGGACCUGGCCAACGGGCUGAAUCUCAAUGGGAAUAACACUCUGGGUGAGAACAUCGCAGACAAUGGAGGCAUCCGUCAGUCCUACCAGGCAUACCUGAACUAUGUGGAGAAGAAUGGGAAUGAGCCUCUCCUGCCUGGAAUAAACCUCAACCAUCAACAACUCUUCUUUGUCAACUUCGCCCAGGUGUGGUGUGGAACACAUCGACCACAACAAGCUGGCAACUCCAUCAAAGUAGAUGUACACAGUCCAGGGAAGUUCAG